AUGGACGCGCCGAUCGAUGAGAACACCAAGCGCACAGUGCAGAAAAUCCCGUUGCUGACGACGCGUGCCGGCCCGCGCGAUGGCGAGUCCUGGACCAAGCGUCUCAAAGAGGAGUAUCUCGCGUUGAUUCAGUACGUCAAGAUGAACAAGGAGGCGGACAAUGACUGGUUCACCAUCGAGAGUAACAAGUCUGGAACGCGCUGGACGGGCAAAUGUUGGUCUUUCCACAACGGACUGCGCUACGAGUUCGACCUCGAAUUCGAAAUCCCAGCCACGUACCCGGUGGCCAAUCUAGAGCUCUGUAUCCCUGAACUCGAAGGCAAAACGUCCAAAAUGUACCGAGGUGGCAAAAUCUGCCUCACUAUCCACUUCGCGCCGCUGUGGCAGAAAAAUGUGCCCCGUUUCGGUGUCGCCCACGCCCUCGCUCUCGGCCUGGCUCCGUGGCUCGCUGCCGAGGUGCCGGACCUAGUCGAACGUGGCGUCAUCACCCCCGUGUAA